AUGUCAUUCUCCCACAAACAAGACCCAAAGACCUUAGUCUUAUUCGAUGUUGACGGUACUCUCACCCCAGCCAGAUUGGAAAUCUCCGACGAAAUGAGACAGACCUUGAAGAAGUUGAGAGAAAAGGUUGUUAUUGGCUUUGUUGGUGGAUCCGACUUGUCCAAGCAAGUUGAACAGUUGGGAGCCACCGUGUUGGAAGACUUCGACUACUGCUUUUCCGAAAACGGUUUGACUGCCUACAAGUUGGGCAAGGAGUUGGCCUCCCAAUCCUUCAUUGGCUGGAUUGGUAACGAAAAGUACAACAAGUUGGUCAAGUUCAUCUUGAGACACUUGAGUGAAAUUGACAUUCCUGUCAGAAGAGGUACCUUCAUCGAGUUCAGAAACGGUAUGAUCAACGUUUCCCCUGUCGGUAGAAACGCCUCCACUCAGGAAAGAAACGAGUUCGAGGCCUACGACAAGGAACACAAGAUCAGAGAGACCUUGGUCAACGCCCUUAGAGAAAACUUCGCCGACUACGGUUUGACCUACUCCAUUGGUGGCCAAAUUUCCUUCGAUGUUUUCCCUACCGGUUGGGACAAGACCUACUGUUUGCAACACGUUGCUGAGGAAAACUUCAAGGAGAUCCACUUCUUCGGCGACAAGUCUUACAAGGGCGGUAACGAUUACGAAAUCUACGAAGAUGAAAGAACCAUUGGUCACGCUGUCAACAGCCCAGCUGAUACCAUCAGAAUCUUGAACGAGCUUUUCAAGUUGUAA